CCAAAAAACAAAAUGGAAAGUGUAGAGAAUAAAACUGCCACCGGAAAUGGCAACGCUGCCGUUGUUGAAGCUAAAGAUACCCAAAAUCUGUUGCCACAUUUGGAAUCAUUGGAACGUAUUAUUAAAUUGCCAGUAGUUGGUGCUGCCUGGGAUAAAUCUCAAGAUGUCUAUGGCAAAGUUAAAGGCAAAAAUCGUGUCUUCAAUUGGGCGUUGAGCGCCGCCGAAGAUUGUGUUUCACGUGCCGUCACCACUGCCGCACCCAUUGUCUGCAAAUUGGAUCGUCCCAUUCACUAUGUCGAUCAAACUUUGGUCAAAGGUAUUGACAAGCUGGAAGUUAAGGCACCCAUUAUUAAGGAUACACCUCAGGAAAUCUAUAAUCAAGCUAAGAACAAAGUUAUCGAUGUUGUGCAACCGCAUAUUGAUCGUGUUGUCAAAUUCAAAGCGGCCGGUCAACAAAAAGCUGCCUCCUUGAAAGAUUUAGCCUGGCAAAAGGCUAAUGAAGUUCUGGCCACUCAAUAUGGUAGUUUGGCUGUAAAUGGUGUCGAUACUACAACCGCAUUGGCUGAACGUCUAUUGGAAUAUUAUUUCCCCAAAUCGGAAUCGGAUGUUGAAGAAGAUAAUGAUGUUAAAGAAAUUGCUGUCACACAAAAUGGCCAUAAUGGCAAACAUCCCGAAAAUGACAUCCCAGUUCCCGCAAGCGAGGACCCAGUACUACACACCGUACAGACAGUUGGCAGACUUAAGAACAAGAUUUCCCGUCGCGUCUAUAGAAAUGUCUCCCGACAAAUCCGCAAAGUCCAAAAAGGCAACGUUAACGACUAUCUAAGCUCUCUAAUAGCUGCCCUGAAAUUACAUCAAUACAUUAACUUCAUUAACUCCUCGAUGGGUACAAAUGUGGAGCAAUCAUCGUUGACUGAAAACUCAAAUGCGGCGGCGGCGCCGUCUUGUUCCACCUCAACAGCCAAUGCCAACAACUGUAAAGUUCAAAAGUAA